CCAAUAUGACCAACCUUCACUUCUCCUCAUCACGUCGUCAAAGGCUCUUAGAAUCAUUAUAACUUCAGCAAAGCACACUUGGUCACUGCGAAUAAUAAUCACCAUGGAAGCCCUGGCGAUAAUUGGCCUCACAGGCACUAUAGCACAACUUCUCGACUUCAGUGCCAAGCUGGUUUCAAAAACCACCGAACUGUACAGCUCGGUAGCAGGAGCUUUAGAUGAAAAUGUCGACGCAGAGCUGGUGACGAAUCAUUUCGCGACUUUGAUUAAACAACUCGACAGUGAAAUGCCCCCCAGUCAGGAGCUAGCCUCAAUAUGUGAUGCCUGUAGGGCAAUAUCUACUCGACUCCUAGGGGUCCUUCAGGGACUCAAGAAGAAUACAAAAGGCCAUACCUGGAAAAGCAUUAGGCAUGCAGUACGGAAUAUGCUGAAAAAUGGCGAAAUCCAGGCUCUACAAGCACGGUUGGCGGUGCUGAAGAAUGAACUGAUCGUCAGUCUUAUGACAGGUCUAUCACGAGACCUGUCUCAGACUCGCAUUGAGUCCAGAAAUAGUUUAGACAGGUUGGAAACCGCUGCUAAUAACCUUUCUGCAAUGAUGUCAACUUUGUCUCUAAAAGUCGAUCGGUCACACGAGACUCAAGAAGCGGUAAUGGAGACUCUACUCCAUAAAAAUGCCGACAAUAUGACUGCAGUCAUGGAAAAGACUCGCGAAAUGAUACAGUUGUCUUUGCAAAAUGAGGCGGCAGGUAUUACUUCAAGUCUUCUUCAGCAGAUAUCACAACGAUAUGGAGACGAUCGAUCCAGCUUCAGGUCCAAUGAAGCGUCACAUUCCCUGGGACGAGGUGGCUCUGAACCGGAGCCAUCACAUAGAAGAGAAGAGUGCAUCAAGAACAAUGAUCCCCGUAUUAUGCAACGGUCCGUCCAGCGUAGGAGGCGGCUCAUUCAUCGCAGUGAACAGCUGUCCUGGUUUGGUAGGACGCUAGUCUCUGUCAGCGAAAUUUACAUGGGGGAAGAUCUCACGCACAUUCUUACAGGGUGCAUCGUUAUCCCAUCCCCCUGGCUCCUUCGACUCAGGUGCGGGGUGAAGGUUCAGCACCUAAGAUCAAUGAUCAUUAGAGAAGCCCCGAAGGUUACCCUCUGGCCGCUUCAAAUUCUUCCUAGUGACUCUGCAAUCAUCAACGCCAUCAAGUCAGGGGAUGCACACGCCGCAGAGUUAAUCAUCCGCGCUAAAGACGUAUCUCCCUCCGCUGUAUCCAUGGACGGCGAAAAUUUACUCAGUCUAAUUGCUACUGAGAUACUUAAUGUUGUAUUUAACUUGCAUUUUAGAUUUGCAGAUGCAGAUCCACAAGAGAGGUGGGGACCAAAAUACUCAGACGAAGAGCGAAGGCUAGCAGAGAGUACUUUCUAUGGCCUGCGGCAGCUCUUCGAAUUCGUCCUGGCACAGGGGAUUGACCCGGCUCAGAAAUCAUCUAAUGGAAGCUCUGCUAUUACGUAUUUGCUAUAUAUUUUACAAUUUGGCUUCGAUAGUCUCUUCCCAGACGAUUUCUACACCCUUUUCAGUUCUUCAUUAUCUGCCUCGCAAGACAAUCCCUUCGAUCAGCCCCAGGCCAAUGUAGUUGGGGAUCUUUUCAGAUCCUAUUCCUGCCAACCAUCAUGGCGUUACCGCUCUUUUAUUGACAGGCUAUUGGAAGGGCUAGAGUGGACUCUUUGUUCUAGCGAUGGGCCUGGCGAGGCAAGCGCUCUUGCAUUGAGAUAUUCGAUCAAGCAUAGAUUCGAUGUUGACCAAGACGAUUUCGAAGAAUGGGUUCCUUUGGAAGACGCGCUCAACGACAGUUUCCAAAACUUCUUUUCCCGGCGGCUUAAGGUUGUUAAAUAUCUUUCGUCAAGUAUUGAAGAUUCUCUCGAUCGUAUCUUCGAAACGGAAGAUAUGAAGCAAGUCAACGGCAUCGUUGAAUAUACCAAGAAAGCGAUCCAACUGUCAUUACUAUACGCCAGUCCAAUGAAGGGGCUCCACCGAGCAAAAGAUAGUAUGCCGUUUGUUCGCAAAUGUGUUGUAAAGGAGGUUUGCGCUAUGUUACAAGCAGCGGAUUGUUUUAUUCAUGUCAUUGAGGAUAACAUGCUGGAUUGGUGCAAUGAGUGGGAGGUGCUUGAUAUCUGGGUGGAAUCUCUCUUGGCAGGAAGCGUCCAUCCAAUACCCCAAAAGACUCGUAAGAUUUGGAGCGCUAGUAAAGCGACAUAUAACAGUUUGAAUGGAAGCAAGGGGAAGAGUAAUGCUGCUAGCAACAGCUCACCAUUAGAAGAGCUUCAGAACCUGAUCGGACAAAAGAAGCUUCUUGCCAUGCAAGCCAGUGGCAAACACAGAACUGAGCGUGAGCUGAAAGAACCGGAUAAGAAAAUCAUCGAAACAGAGGAGGAGAUGAGAAAGAGACUGGGUCAGGGCGUCAAGAAGAAAUUCAAGAAACCUCGGCGCCAAAAAAAAAAGACAAAGGUUACUAUGUGCGGAAAGAGCAUUUGGAACCACACCAGCGAGAAUGCAAUGUCUCGAGAUGGCUGGCUCCAAUUCUCCGUCAUGGCAAAGGAUUGUGAUCUGAAGCAUGCCAUCCAACUUUGCAGAAACUGGUCUGAGUUUUCUGGUCUUCACUUGCUUACACUAUGGCAGUUUUUCCCAGCGUCGAACUGGACUUCUUGUGCCACGAUCGGUUCAUGCAGUAACUUCAACAUCUUGGAAGUUGGACCAGACUUUAUGAAGUUGACAGAUGUUCUUCGAGAGUGGAGGUUUGGCUUUGACGAUUGCUAUGACGUGUUUAUCUGGGACUUUGUACCCGGCGAACCGCACAUGGACUUGUACAACAUUGUCGAACUUCGUAACGCCUGGCGUAUGAGAACACCUCGCGAGAUGUACGUCCACAUGGAACCUCUCCUUCGUAGCCUCCACCGAAACAAAAAGACCAUGCGAACCCGCCAGAUUAAACCCGGCGAGAACGUCAAGAGUCUCUGGGACACCGUCGCCGAUGAAAGAUCAGAAUUCCGGCUCUUCGAUAUCGGCAUCAAGAAAGUCACGAUGCGCAAAGACACCGAGAUAGUCGAGUUACCGUAUAUGUUCUACAACGAAGCCAAUGAAGUCGAUGAUGCGAUUCUCUUUCCGGAUGAACUCACCUCUAUCAAGGGUCUUGAGGCUAUCAACAAGGGGAAUGAUCCGAUGAAGGCGAUGCGUAUGGCGAAACAUGAUGACCAGGAUAAUAUUUGGGGUAUGCCAAAAGUCUGGGAGACGGCUCUUUUGCAGGCCCGGAGUGAUAAAUUGAACAAGUCGCAGCGGGCACUUCUUCAACGAACGGGAUUGCUCAAUGCAUACAAGGCUUUGUCCUAUGAUAAACGGCUUGAAGAGUCUGAUUCUAUGGAGAUGAUGGAGCGAGACCGGGCAUUCAGUUUCAAGGAGUCCUUCCACGCUGGAGAUCUCGAACCCGGCUACAACACCAAAUACAACCAAAUCCAAGAAACACUCCGCAACAUGCUCAAGACGCCUCAUGUCGGCUCAACAGAUUGGAUCUGGUUCAUAGCCGAGAUCCUCGAAUGGCUUGAACUUCGCGGCGACUACGACGACUACGUCCAAUAUCCCCAGUAUCCCUAG